GCUGUAAUCCUUAUGAUGGCAGAAGCCUUAAAUCAUAUUAAAGAAUAUGAUUUUGAUUCGGGAGUUCGGAUGUUGAAAGGUGCUCUGGAAGAACCAGAACCCGCGGAUGUAAAUCCACUACUAGGCUAUGUGUAUGACAUGUUGGCUUGCACUGAUAUGGCUUUGAUCAAUUGUUGUUGGCAAAGUAGGCAAUUAUUUCAUAAAUUUGGAGGCAUCAAUUAUGAGGAGUUAAUAGCUUGCUGGAUACUCGAAGGAUAUGUUGGUGUUAAUGAUCAGUUUGACAAGGCAUAUGAAGAGGGAUAUUGUGUUUUGAUGAAGCUUAUAGAUCGUUGCAUACUGAAAUUACGCGAAGAUGGUCUUGUUACCAUGGAAGGACUAGCACUUACUGUUCCUGAUGAGCAUUGCCAUGGUUGCCGGACAUCAAGCUUGGGAUUGGCUUGUGUUCCUGAUGAUCAUUGCCAUGGUCGUGGGAUAUCGAGACUGGGAUUGGCUAGUAUUCUCGAGUAUGGAAAGGAGCUAGGCAUUGGGCGAGUUGCACCGGGGGAAGGCAUGAUAAAUACACCAUACGGUCCUAAAAGUUGGAACAAAGUAUCCACAAUCAUGAUAGAUGGAAGUAGUCUCUCUGGGGAAGUCCUUGACACAAUGUUUUUUCAGCCCAUGAAGAAACUCCAAGUUCUUGCGAUUUUCAAUCCCAGAUUCAAGUCACUGCCCUCGUUUUUGUUUCCAAAAACAAAAACCGAUGAUUCGUCUUCAAAACCAGAAACUGAUGAUCCAAUUCCAAAACCAAAAACCGAUGAUCCAAUUCCAAAACCAAAAACUGAUGAUCCAAUUCAAAAACCAGAAACCGAUGAUCCAAUUCCAAAAAGAAAAACUGGACUUCGCUUGCUUGUGCUCAGGGGCUGUGAUCAAUUGGAUGACAUUGAUCAAAUCAAAUACCAUAAAGAUUUAAUCGUUCUGGAAAUAUCUGGUGCUAGCUCCUUGAAGAAAAUUCCAGAUGAUUUUUUCCUGAACAUGCAACAGCUUGAAAGCCUCAACCUCUCUGCAGUCCCUUUUGAAUCACUGCCUUCUUCACUUUCCAACCUGACUAAACUACGUCGUCUCAUCCUUAAAGAGUGUUCUGAAUUGAAAAUCCUACCAAACCUAAAAAAACUUACCAACCUUGAGGUCCUUGAUCUUUCUGGUUCUACUUCUUUGGUAAAAAUUACAGACAAAUGCUUAAAACAACUCCAGAAUCUUCAAAUGCUUGACCUUUCCCAAACCCAAAUUAACCAUUUGCCCAUUCUGAAAGAUCUUAAAUCACUCACUCGGCUCAUAUUAAAAAACUGCAAAUCCAUAACCCGAUUGUCCAGAUUUGAGUUAUUAACUUCUCUCCAUAAUCUGGGUCUUUCUGGUUCUACUAUACUAAAGCAAAUCCAUGAUGAUUCCUUUAAGAAAAAAGAUGGCCUCAAAGUCCUUGAUUUAUCUGAAUCUGGAAUUCGUAGUUUACCUCCCAGUUUUACACACCUUCCUACUCUUGAGUCACUUGAUCUUUCUGGUGUCUCUAAUUUGGUCAAAAUCCCAGAACAUACCUUCGUAGAUAUGGCGUGUCUUCGUAGUCUCAACCUUUCAAACACUAAAAUUGAAGAACUGCCUUCCAUUUCCAAACUUGGGAAUCUUCGUCAGCUCCUUCUAAGUAAUUGCCCAUUGAAAAAAUUACCAGAAACGAGAGGACUUACUAGACUUGAGAAACUUGAUCUUUCUAAUGCCUCUAGUCUGGUUAAAUUCGAAGACGGCUCAUUUGACCAUUUGACUAACCUCAGCUAUCUCAACUUCUCAAACACCCAAAUUAAAAGUCUACCAUCUAUAGCCAACCUCAAAAAGCUUUGCCAACUUUUGCUACAAAAUUGUGAACACUUGUCUGAGUUGCCAUCCUUGGAUGCCCUUGAACAACUGGAGGAGCUUGAUCUAUCAGUAAAAGAAACAGAAAAUAAAUCCUCUCAAUCUUCUCGAGAACCUUUGGCAGAGCCUUUGAAAGAAACUGAGACUAAGUCACCAGUAAAAGAAACGGAAAAGAAACCUUCUGGUUCUUCUGGACCUUCGACAGAGCCUUUGAAAGAAACUGAGGCUAAAUCACCAGUAAAAGAAACGGAAAAGAAACCUUCCGAGUCUGCUGGAGAACCUUCGGUAGAGCCUUUGAAAGAAACUGAGGCUAAAUCACCAAUAAAAGAAACGGAAAAGAAACCUUCUGAGUCUUCUGGAGAACCUUCGGCAACAGUAAAAGCAACAGAAAAGAAGCCCUCUGAGUCUUCUGGAGAACCUUCGGCAGAGCAAUUGAAAGAAACCGAAGCUGCUAAAUCAUCAGUAAAAGAAACUGAAAAGAAAUCCUCUGGGUCUUCUGGAGAACCUUUGGCAGAGCCUUUGAAAGAAGUUGAAGCAAAAUUGGAGAAGAUGGUCCACCUUAGGCUGCUCAACCUAUCAGGAACAAAACUUAAGAUUAAGAUACCUCUAAUGUCCAACCUCACCAGCCUCACCAACCUUACCGAGCUUUGCCUUGGAGGUUGUAAACUUUCAGAUACUGAUCCAAGUUUGAAAACGUAUACAAAGCUAAAGCUUUUGGAUCUUUCAAAGACAGAUAUUCAAUCUUUACCAUCACUUGAGAAUCUCACCGAUCUCCGUGGUCUAAAGUUAAGAGGUUGUAGAAAACUACAGCAACUAACAAAUCUGAAGUCACUUAAAGAUUUGGAGUCUCUUGAUUUACAAGAGACUGGGGUCAAAGAAUUUCCUUCUUGGAUCUCAGAGUUGACUCAUUUGAAGCACCUUGAUUUACCAGACUUAAAGGAUCUUCAAACACUUGACUGGGGGAUGAUAAAGAACUUACCAGAGGAGCUAAACUGGGAUCAUUGUGGCAUCUUCAAGUUCAAUGAAAAUAGGCCUUGCAUGUCAUUGAGUGGCACUCAAUUUUUCCAAUAUUUGAAGGAAAAUUCUGAGUUAUGGAAGACCUAUUUCAAAGAAUUUAAAUUCUCUGUUUGUGCUCUUACGAAGGAAGGAAAAGUUUCUAGGACAGAAAAGAAGAAAGACAAAGCGUCCAUCCAACAAAAGAAGGAAGAAAAAGGUUCCAUCCAAGAAAAGAAGGAAAACAAAGUUUCGAGCCCAGAAAAUAAGGAUGACAAAGCUUCUAGCCAAGAAAAGAAGGAAGACAAAGCUUCUAGCCGAGAGAAGAAGCAAGACAAAUCUUCUAGCCAAGAAAAGAAGGAAGACAAAGCUUCAGGGCAAGAAAAGAAGGAAAACAAAGCUUCAGAACAAGAAAAGAAGGAUGACAAAACUUCUAGCGAAGAAAAAAAGAAGGAAGACAAAACUUCUAGCGAAGAAAAGAAGGAAGACAAAGCUUCCUGUAAAGAAAAGAAGGAAGACAAAAGUAGAGAUAUCUGUUGGCAUAGAGUUGACUCGAACUUCAGAAAAAUCUACUUCCAAACUCAUUCUUUUCCUGAAAAUAUUAGUAAGUAUUUGGAAAUCAUUGGAUUUGACGAGUAUCCUGGUGGUGUUGAGGAUGUGCUCAUGAAAGCCGAAUAUGUGUCUUUGAUUGAAAAUGACUUCGUCAAAAGCUUAUCAAAUUUAGGUGUGGGCAAUUUGAAAGCAAUGAAGGGCUGCUGGUUAGAGAGGUGUAACGAAAUGAAGACAAUAUUUUGCAGAGAAGAGGCAGAAGUUGAAAUGCAGAAAAAUCUAAACAUUCUAUGGGCAUCAAACCUUCCUGAAUUGAAGAGUGUGUACAGUGGGGAAAUGCAACAUGGGAGUCUCCUAAAUCUAACAAAACUGUAUUUAGAUUGUUGUCCGAUGCUUGAAGUUGUUUUUCCCUCUUCUCAGCUGCCAGAAAAUCUUAAAAUCCUUGAAGUCAAAUUCUGUGAUGAAUUGAAGACUCUGUUUAUGCCCACUAAAGUAGAAGAAUAUGAACAGCGCAAUUUACAGAAGCUUCAUCUGGUGGAACUGCCGAAGUUGACUAGCAUAGGGGUGCUGGAGGGAAGCAACAACAAGAAAAGAUUCCCAUCCUUGAAUGUAAUCAAAGUCAGGGAAUGCCCGAAUCUGCAGCACUGUGGAACAGUUCUGGAGUUGGGAGGAUCUGUGGAAAAUUCUAAGAUUGAAGAGUAUUGAUUGCAGUGCCAUCUCUACGUGGCUUUUGGAAGGGUGGGAUAUGCAGCAAGUUUGAGAAGCGACAUCCUGGUGUGUGUGUGUGUGUGUGAUAGGCAAGGUCUCUCAAU